GCUUUGUUCACAUUGCUCACACGCAACGCCGCGUUUAAGACUGCUGGGUCGAUUCGGCGUCGUUCCGGCUCUCCAGCGAGACGCUUCGCCUGCUACUGCAACACGAGGCGUCGGCCUGUCACCAGGCUCCAACAUGGGCCUCAGAGAACUUGUCCUGGGCGGUCCGCUGGGUAGGAAAGAUGCGCUAGGCGCUAAAUGCGCACGAAUUGACAGUUUAGGUCUGGCAAGAAGGCGUCUUGCCAAGGGUAAAGAGCAAGAGGAGCUUGGGAUUGAAGAGCCGGGGCCGGAUGACGGUGAGGUGCCAGCAGCAAGCGCCGAGGAGGUCGCAUUGCAGCCUGCAGAGGAAGGGGACGUCGACUCGGACGCGGAGCUCAAGACACCGCUGGCAAACCGUCACCUGAACGACUCACUGCGCCUGGCUCGCCGUCGGUUUCGGGAGCGGGCAAGCAUAGACAUCGGCGCAACGGCGCGGUCUGGUGCGGGGCCAAGUAACCUGGCGAACGCUGGCAUCCAGCGCGCCUCCUGGUCUUCCUCAGGGACGCCGCAAGCAGGCGAUGCAGAGCGUCACGCAGCAGCAGGCGCCGCAGGCAGUCUUGCCGACACGGCUCGCCAGUCUCGCUCGUCCAGCCCGACGCGUGAGGCAUCGCACCAAGUGCGGUUCCGGCGCGCCUCAGACGGCGAGUACCUCACCCGCCGGCGCAAAAGCUCGGACAGCAGUCGGGCGCCGGGGGCGGUGGGCGCCGCGGCCGCGGCCAUGGGCCGCCUGUUCCGGAAGCUCACAGCAAACCUGGGCACGGAGACCUCCGGGCAGCGGCCCCGCUCCGCCACGCCCUCACGCGGCGCGUCGCCCGCCCGCAGCCGCCGCAGCAGCGGCCACGGCGCCGGCGGCGGCACCAGCGGCUCCCACCACAGUGACCGCGCCCAGUCCGCCAGCUCGCAGCGGCGCCGCCGCAGCAGCAGCGACAAUGUGGCCGACCCCGGCUCGCAGCCGCCGGCGGCCUCGGCGGGCUCGGCCUCCGCAGCCUUGGCGUCCACCAUCAGUCGUCGCAACAAGCGCGCAUCGGCGCCCGGCGAGAUAUUCUUUUCAGUGGGUAGCGGCAGCGCUGCCGACGUGCCGUCGCCGCCGCAGGGCACGCGCCCUGGCAGCGCGGUGGCGGCGGCGCGGGACGGCAUCACCAAGGGCAAGAACUGGCUGGCGCGGCUGUCGCGAGGUCUGACCACCGCCAGCAGCGGGCACGGCAGCAGCGCCGCCGGCGUCACGCCGCCGCGGCCCGCCACGGCGCAUCCAGCAGGAGGCGGCGGAGGAGGAGGAGGCAGCGCACGGUCGUCAUCGCCGCUGCCGCCAGUGGCCGCCGGUGCCGUCGUGGCGGAAGCGCCCAGGUCGCCGCACCACCACAGCGGCCCCGUCGGCCGGGCCCUGGGGCUCUUUGCGCGGCGCUCGGACCCACCCGCCGCCGGCGCCUCUGCCGCUGGCGGCCCGGAGCCGGCCAAGUCAGCGAAGGCCCGCGCCCAGCAGUCCGGGCCGGCGACUGCGGCGGCGGCGGCGGCUCUUGCCGACGACGACGACGACGACACAACGGCUGCGGACGAGACAGGAGGGCCCGGAGCGGGGACAUUGGCGGAGGCUGCGGGCGGUUCGCCAACGGCGGCGUCCGUGCCCGUGCCGGCCAUGCCUUAGGGUUGCAGUCGACGGCGGCAGUAGCGGCGGCGGCAGGGCAGUGGCGGCGGUAGCGGCGCGGCCCUUGAGCAACAGGCGCGAGCAAGCGAGCGAAAGGACAUGAGACAGGAACCACCAGGGCGCGUGUUUGAGGCCUUCUCGAUCCUACAUCAGCAUAAGACAGGUGCCGACGGGUUCCGCCCACCCCGCUGGUCAGAUGUGCAUGACGCGGCAGCGGUGAGGUGUGCUCGAGUCGGCCGUCCUGGCGCCGGGCCAGGCCAGGCCGAGCAUGGCACAGCACAGCAGCACAGCGUGGCAGCGUGGAGCUUGCAGCAGCGCUGGUGAUGGCGGCGGCGAUGGCGUGUGCCGCCUCGCUCUUGGGCAGUAAUAAAAUGCCAUGCACCGAAGUGUGUGUGCGUGUGCGUCGAUGGGCUCGCUCACAGAGGCAUUGGCGGUGGCAGCAAGCGGCAGGCAGUGUGGGGCUCGAUGACGGGCCGCUGUACCGACGCGAACGCCAAUCGCAAUGGUUCGUCUGCAAACGGCGAGGGCUGAAAUGGAUACUGGCAUUCGUAUAUAAACGCUCUGCUUCUUACUUUGCGGCCACCCGCGCGUAGCGGUGGUCGGGUACAUGGCGAGUGGCGGACGGCCGCGCGGGGUCUGUAGCGCGCGGCACGCUAGUUUCGUGAAUAAUAAUUCAAAGCGCUUCCUGUUGUGCAGUGCAGGGGUAUGCGUCUGUGCUGAUAGCAAGCAUUGUUGCCACAGCCGUGAGCCAAGUAAGUAGGGAAGGAAGCGCCCGCGGGAAGUGGCCCGCUGCAGCAUCCGGCUGUGCUGGGGCCUCGUGGCUUUGCGGCACGGCUGCGCUGAGGCGUUGGCCUCUCGUUUGUUCGUAUAAAUUAUGGCGCUUGCCGGUGAGUGCUUAAUAUGACAGGAAGGCGGGCGAGGGUACGUGUGCGGUGCUGGCACACCGCCCGAUGCCCCCUGAUGUAAUAGCAGGGGGUUUGUUUUGGUUGGUUACUAGCGGUACUUUCAAUGUCGUGGUGGUGUUAAUUCAGUGUCGUGGCGAAUGUGGCUCCCAGAGGAUGGAAGCCGAGCGCGGGGGUGACGUCAACGCAGCAGCAAGCUUUUCUGAGCUUCGCAAUCCAUGCAUAUUACUGGGUAUCACUGGUCUGCGUAGUGGGCGCGGCGGCAAUGGUGGUUGCUGCAGGCAAUGCCGCGGGCGCACAAAUCCGCAUCAGGUGCCGCGCACCGCGGCUGGCCGCCCUGUCGCUGCUUGUAAUGUCGCAUUCAUAAGGAGGCGUCAAAUGGUCUCCUAGGGGCUAGGAAUGGCUGUGCGAUGGGACAGUGGUAAGGCAUGUUGGUGAAGUCCCGUAGGGUGCAGCUAUUUCCCAGACCCCAGCAGAUGGCAAACAAAUUUGCAACGGCAGGGCAGGAGUGCGCCUGUGCGCGGCUGGUCAAACGCCGGAGUUACUGUACCCAGGGACCAGGGUCAAGACCAGGGUGCUCGUUCCAUUUGAAUCAUGGGGUCA